GAUAUUUCGGGAUUAGCCUUGCCAUUGAUCAUGGUGUGAGGUGUGAAGCGCGGGAGGGAGUGGUGAGGAAGCAGAGCGUGUGAGUGGUGAGCCAUGGUGGUGGUGACAGGACUGAGAGGCAUCAUGGCGGCGCCGGACCACGAGCAGGCUGCCGCUUUUUGUGGUUUUUAGGAACCUUUCGUCAUAUUCCCUUCAUGUUUAUACAAAUUGUGCAAUGCAGUGCCCAACACUAAUGGUGAAUGCAGUUUGUGGAGUGAGAAAUAACGUCAGUACAGCGGUUGUUUGCAUCAAAGGCUGCUGCAGCCCCGACUCAGACCAAACUUGGACAAAACACUUGGUGGCCACAAUGGAACACUUGACUGAUCAAGAGACUCAUGACUUGUCACAACUCACGGCCACCUCUCCCCAACCCUCACCUGCCUUAGUGCAACCAGGCAGGAGGGCAAGCCUGAAUGGUGGUGAGACUUGCCCACCCUCCUUCCACCAAAAGCCUGCCUCAGACUCCAGUGACAAGGAUUCCCUCUCCUCCUCCAAGCUCAUCCUUCACCUGGGAUGCGACAGUGAUGAAGAUGAGGAAGAAGAAUUAAGGAAUGUCAAGGAAGAUAAGGAGAACAGACUGCUGCUGCCUGCCUCACAGGAUCUGAAGCUAUGCACCAGGUUCACCCUCACACCAGUGGCAGGCAGGAGGGAGAGUAAGUGCUCCAGGGAACUGUUGGAUCUGACCACACCUCACCAGAGUACCUCAAAAUCUGUGGAUUGCCCUGAGCGACCCAGCAAAAUUUACCGCACCUCCACCAGCCACGCUGAGAGCUCUAUCUCCUGCCGUUUGCUGUUUUCCACUAACGUAGCCUCGCCUGCCACCAUCGCCAAAGAGGGGGAGUCCAACGAUCACAGGCACCUUGUUCUUGCCGCCACCAGCCAGCACAGCAUGCCCCCUCACUCCAAGGAUGGCUCACCACCUCUCUCCACUUCUCUGAGUGAACAAGCACUCAUGUUCAAGGGAGAUGGAGAAGAAUUGCCGACACCCAUCCACUCCCCAAGGUCCUCGCCGUCCUCCUCCUCUUGUAGUGACUGUGAAGUGUGUUCUUCUGCAUCAUCUGCCAUCAUAUCUUCAUCCUCUCCAUUAUCGCCUCCUGUUUUUUUCCUCCUGAGCCCUGAUAAGUUCACUGUUGCAUCCAGCGCUGAGGAGGAGCUGGAAAUCCCUGCCAAGGAUGAAGUGAAGGACCCUCCUCCUUGUGACAGUGAAGACAUGUCUCAGGAAUGCAAGGUAGAACAUCAGAACCCACAUGACUCAGCUGAGGAUACCAAGGAGGAUGUGAAGGAACCCCUAGUGUGUGCCUUGGAUGAAGUGAAGGAAGCAGAGGAGGAGGUGGUGGUGUCUGCUCUACCUGUUUCUGUCAAGAUGCAAAGUGAACCCAUGGAGGUCAGCUUUGCCCCAUCCAGUACAGGGAGUGUGCACAGUAACUGGACAGCUAUCAGUGGUAUCAGUCCCCUGCCAUCCAGCGACCCCACUCACCUACACCACCACCGACACCGACACCAUCACUGCCACCACCAUCAUGGCCACCACCACCACCACCACCACCACCGACAUACCACUGGGAAAAGUCGUGACAAGGCAGCAAAUCACAAUGACAUCUUGGUGACCAGCACACCAAUCCACCAGAGGCGUGUUGCCGAGGUGGUGAACGUGUCAUCGGUCACCUCCAGCCAGGACGUGUUUGUGGAGCCCAGCAGGUUUGUUGUCUCCUCGGAGCUCGUGUCACCAGAGCCUUGUACGGAAGCAGAGAAUGACUUAAUCACAUCGAUAGCCAGCAGUGAUACAAAGCACCAAGACCAGUGCCCUGACUCCAUGGUGCUGCCAGUGCUGCUGCAGAGUGGCUCGUCCCACAGCACAGCAUUGGGAGACACGCAGCUGAAAAGCUUGAGAAGCCUGAGUGAGAAUGCAAAUGCUGUGAGAACCAAAGAUAGUGAGGGAGAAAUGCAAUGCAACAUUAAGAAGAAGAAGAAAAGGACUGAUAAAGAAGAGCCACAGCGUUCACCAGUAAAGACAAGGAAGCUGCAACCCAGGCCAUUGUUUGUCGCUAACUUUGCUAAAAGUCGUCCUCUCACUAAGAAAGAAGCCAGAAUUCUCUCCUCAACUCCUGUGAACUUCUCGGAAAGCUUCUUACUGCAAGAGGACGCUUCCUCGCACUGCCACUCCUUCACGUUCGGCCAAUCUUUCUGUGGCGGCAGUGUUGAGCGCAAGUUGUCUGUCUCUAUGUAGCAGAUGCAGCUUAGAUUUGACACAAAGGAAGCCAAAGGAAGAGAACACUAGUGGAGACAUGUUGGUUUAUUGUGUGCCUGAUUUCCUUUUCCUUAUUAUUGACAUCAGGUAUUCAUAUCGCUAUGUUCUAGACGGAAGCAGUGCAUUUACCCAGCUGUGUUGUGUGGAGGCUGCACAAGCUUGGUAUGCCUUUAAUACUGUGCCUUUUCAGUGUAUUAGUUUUGAAUGCAAUCAGUCUUAGAUGGAUGUAUAUGGUGAAAUGGGUGUUUUUGUGAAUAUUAGUUGUUUUUUUUUUUUUCUCUCUCUCUCUCUCUCUCUCUCUCUCUCUCUCUCUCUCUCUCUCUCUCUCUCUCUCUCUCUCUCUCUCUCUCUCUCUCUCUCUCUCCUUUUUAGGAGAUAUUGAAGUCAGAUUUAUUUUACGAGAUUGUUUUUAUAUUUAUCCUCUCCUUUUCUCUGGUUUUACUAUUUUUUUCUAUUGUGUCACAUUCUAAAGUUUUCUUUUUUUAGGCAUAUUUUACAUUUAGAAGAUACGGUUGUUUAAUUGACUUUGUGAGUGAGAUUUUCUUCUUUUUUUUUUUUCCUCCCUUGUUUCCUUAUUGCUCUACCUCUUCAUUUUUUUUCCCCCCUUUCCACUUGACGCUUCUUGCCAUCUCACCAUUCCACCUUGAUUCUGUUCUACCUCGGUCUUUUUCCUUCCCACCUGACACUCUUCUCACCAUCUCACCAUUCCACUCCUUGUUGUUGUGGUUCAAAUACUUGUUAGGCAUCACUGGUGUCUUGAUUGGUGAGCGAUUCUUUCAGUAUUGUUGCUUGGUGCCACAUGAAUACCUUACCUUUCAUGGAACCUCAAUAAAGUGACCUUAAUA